AUGACAAGACGCCGUAUCCUCCCCAUUGUGUUCAUCAGCGUCUUGAUAGCCAUCUCAGCAGUACUUUACCACAAAAUCACCUUGUCCAUCCCAUUUCCUAUCUUCUCGCGCGUGACCAUGAUGACAGCCCCAAAUCCGCCCCCCGUCAUCGUAGUCGGCGCCGGGCUCGCCGGGCUGUCAGCAGCCUUCGCCGCGCUCCAGUCUGGCGCCGCCUCGGUGCGCCUCCUCGAGCGGAACGCCAAACCAGGCGGCAACAGCAUCAAAGCAUCUUCGGGAAUCAACGGCGCACCGACACGAUUCCAAAACGCCGCCAAGUACGGCACCGACCGGUCCUUUUGGGACGAUACGGUCCGCUCGGCCGGGUCAGCGCUGCACACUUCAACGGUCGCCGAGCCGGCCCGGAAGCACCGCGAGACGCUCAUUUCAGCGCUGACGAACCGCUCCGCGGCAGCCAUUGACUUCCUUGUCGACGACUUGGGCAUCGACCUCAGCGUGGUGUCCCAGCUCGGCGGCCACUCCCUGCCGCGCACCCACCGCGGCGCCGGCAAGACACCGCCCGGCGCAGCCAUCGUCACCACCUUGCUGGCCAAGAUCAAGGAGCUAGGCGGUGACCGCUUCCAGCUGAUGACCGACUGCGAGGUGACCAGGCUCCUCGUCACUGACGACCACGGCCCCCGCGUCACGGGCGUGGAAUACCGCAAACUCAAAGCACUCAGCAGCGACAGCGGUACGCAGCAGCUUCACGGCCCGGUGGUUUUCACCACAGGCGGCUUUGCGGGCGACGCGCACGGCCUGCUGGCUACGUACCGGCCAGACCUGGGCGGGCUGCCGUCGACCAACGACCCGCGGCCAGGAACGCACGCGCUACUUGCAGAAGUGGGCGCGAGGCUGGUCGACAUGGACCGCGUGCAGAUCCAUCCAACGGGGUUCGUCGACCCAGCCACCACGCGCGCCCGUCUCAAGUUCCUCGCCGCCGAGAUGCUUCGCGGCGAGGGCGCAGUCCUCCUGCAUAAGGGUAAGCGCUUUGUGGAUGAGCUGGGGACUAGGGAGAAGGUGAGCGCUGCCAUUAUGGCAUUGCCGGAGGCGGAAGCGGAAGAAUCUGCUGGGCCAGCGGGGGAAGGGGAUGGGAAAGAUAAAGAUGGGGAAGAAGAAGCCGUGCGGCAGUGGGACGUGCGAUUACUCCUCGAUCCGGGCGCGUGUGAGGCGGCGCAGGCGCACGUGGGGUUUUACCUGUGGAAAGGGCUAUUGCGGAAGGUGAAGGUGCGGGAGCUCGAUGAGGUUACCAAGGCGACGCUUAGGGAGUAUAGCAGCGUGGUGAAAGGGGAGAAGCCGGACGAGUUUGGGCGCACCGCGUUUGGGCAGUGGAGGCUUGCGGCCGAGGAUUUGGAUGGUGAGGGUGAUGUCGAGGUGUGCGUCGGACGGGUGACGCCUAUUGUCCACUUCACCAUGGGCGGCGCCGUGUUCAACGAAAGGGCGCAGAUCCUGAGAUCUGACCUGGGAGAGGAGGAAAAGCCCAUUGAGGGCCUCUGGGGCGCAGGCGAGAUCACCGGUGGAUUGCAUGGAGAUAACCGGUUAGGGGGCUCGUCACUGCUCGAGUGCGUGGUGUUUGGUCGCAUUGCAGGGGAGCAAGCUGCCCGGUUAAGGGGCUAA